GACAGAGAUUAUAUUUUACAUCAGGCGUUUUACUAACUACUAACCCAUUAUAGGAAAUCAUUGUAGGAUUAAGCCAAGAAAAGGUUUCUACCUCCUUUUAUCAACCUCUUCAAUAUGUCUCAUAUGUUUACGCCGGAGUCCGACUCUCAUAAUUCAUCUGGCGAUACAAGAACCGAUCACAUGUCAAGCUCGAAGACUCUCGUUUCAGAACAGGAAAGCCUCUCGUUUCAACUCUCUCAUAGUCAUCAGUCAGCGUCAGCUGCAUUUUGUCAGUCAGCAGCAUCGUCAUCUUCAGCUGCAAUUAGGCCAAGCGAUUCCCUGUCUGGUCCAUCUAUGUUCAAUCACACACCGCUGCCCAUCAACUCCUGUUCUGAUGACUCUCAACCAUUGGCGAAUAAGCGCAACUCGAGCAUGCUUACACAAAAUCCCAAGAUCAGUAAAGCGUCCAGUUGGCGCUCAUUUUUUCCAAAUCGCUCCCCUUCAUCACUCGACUCACCCAUUCCUACAUUACCGACAAAAAAUACUUCUAAAGAAAGCAAUGCUUCAAAGCGACGAAAGUUGUUUUUAAAUGCACCAUCAGCGCCAUCUUCUAUUCCUCCCCCUCGCAAAAUCCCCAUAAAGUCUACCAUCUCUAAAGCCUCUUUGUCAUUUUUAAAUGCACCAUCAACGCCAUCUUCUAUUCCUCCCCCUCGCAAAAUCCCCAUAAAGUCUACCAUCUCUAAAGCCUCUUUGUCAUUUUUAAAUGCACCAUCAACGCCAUCUUCUAUUCCUCCCCCUAGCAAAAUCCCCAUAAAGUCUACCAUCUCUAAAGCCUCUUUGUCAUUCCUCACAAAUAAGCCGGAGGCUAAACGACCUCAAAAGCAAAAGCGGCAGAGGUCUUCAGCAGCUCCAUCUGGAAAUACUUCUGCUCUGGUGGCAAAAUGUUUGCCUAAAGAAACAUCCGAGAAGAUGCCAUUCUUGAAACCUUCCACUCGACAAAGGCCGGGACGUUAUGAUCCUCAUGUUGAGAAGCAGCAUGGUACUCACGCGGAGGAGAGAUCAACGAAAACGCCACAGACUGGAUCACAUGCGCAUGCUUCGGCAAGUUCCCCUUCGUCCAACUCCAACCUUUCGUCGUUCGCACCACCUUCCUCUACUUCUCAUUAGGUUCUCGUAUUACAAACGGUCGAUUCAUCAUCUG